AGUACCCAAUAACUUUCGAGAACCAGGACCAUAUGGUCCGUACCAAACGUAUUCCAAUAACAUUAUAUAAAAUCAUGAAUAAACAAUAAGUUUGCAUGUUUGGUGUAAUUGAGAUCAUCAAAUGAUGGUUUUUCCACUCACUUUCAUCUGCAUUUUCACUCUUCUCCUCUCCCUCAUCACCAAACUCUCCAUGGCGAUCGACACCCUAUCACCAAACGAAACACUCGCCGACAACGGUAAACUGCUUGUCUCCUCUGGCGAAGCGUACGAAUUAGGCUUCUUCAAUCCACCAUAUUCCAACAAACGCUAUAUCGGCAUAUGGUUUAAGAAUGUCCCAAUACAAACACCCAUUUGGGUGGCAAACAAAAACAACCCAAUAUCAGAUUCAUCAGGCCUCCUCACAAUCACCACCACCGGCAACAUCAUCAUCACCAACCAAACAACCACCGUUUGGUCUUCCUCAAAUUCAUCACCACCAACACCACCAAACAAUCCAAUCUUGCAGCUGCUAGACUCUGGCAACCUUGUGGUGAAAAAUGGUCGCGGCGAUUAUCUGUGGCAAAGUUUUGAUUACCCAUGCGACACAUUAGUACCUGGCAUGAAGCUGGGACGGAACUUGAGAACCAAUCAAGAAUGGUUCUUAACAUCGUGGAAAACCUUGCAAGAUCCAUCUUCUGGCGACUAUACGUACAAACUAGACCGUCGUGGCCUCCCACAAAUAGUCCUUUACCAAGGAUCAACAGUGAACUAUCGAGGCGGUUCUUGGGACGGUGUUGGCUUCGGUGGAGACCCUCCUCUACCCACAAAGGCCGUGGUCGAUAACAUCUUCAUCAUCAACGCAAUCGAUGUUUACUACACCUUUAAGAACAGGGAUGAUACUGCUAUUUCAAGGUUUGUAGUGAACCAGACAGGCUCGCUUCAGCUCCUCACAUGGAAUGAAAGGCUUGGCGAAUGGUUCAAUUUAAUGACAAUGCAACGCGAUGCUUGUGAUGUCUAUGCAACGUGUGGCCCUUACGGCAUAUGUCGCUUCGAUGUUUUAGCUGCUUGUUACUGCCCAAAUGGGUUCAUACCCAGAUUGCAACAGGAGUGGGACAGGGGUGAUUGGUCAGGUGGGUGCGUGCGGAGGACACCAAUGAAUUGCAGUGCCCCUCAGGGAUUCAGAAAAUUGCCAGGGCUGAAAUUGCCAGAUUCAUUGUAUUUCUCAGUGAAUAUGACCAAGAUGAGUCUGGUCGACUGCGAAGAGGCUUGUUUGAGAAAUUGUACUUGUGUUGCUUUUGCACUAACUAGUGUGAGUGGUUGUAUGGUAUGGUUUGGAGAGUUGCUUGAUAUGAAAGAGUUUAGUGAAUAUGGACAAGAUUUGUAUCUUCGGAUGGCUGCUUCUGAUCUCGGAUCCAAUAAAAAGAACAAACGAACUGCAAUGAUCACAUCAAUAAUAGUCAUUUCAGGGGUUCUUGUCUUGAGUUUAAUCGGCUGGUAUUUUUUGAAGAAGCUUCACUUGAGAAGAGCUCGGAGAUUGGAUAAGAGAAACCAAAAGGUUCAAGACAACAACCAAAGAAUUGUGGAGGAAGAGGACUUAGCAUUACUUUUAUUUGAUUUGGCUACCGUUUCUAGUGCCACUAACAACUUCUCCUUAACAAAUAAGAUUGGAGAAGGUGGUUUUGGUCCUGUUUACAGGGGUGAACUCACAACUGGAAGAGAAAUAGCAGUGAAGAGACUCUCCAAAACUUCAAGGCAAGGCUUCACAGAGUUCAAGAAUGAGGUCAUCUUAAUUUCAAAGCUACAACAUCGAAAUCUAGUUAGACUUUUGGGAUGUUGCAUUCAUGAAGAGGAGAGGAUGUUGAUCUAUGAGUACAUGCCAAACAAAAGUUUAGACACAUUCAUCUUUAAUCGAACAAGAGGUAUAUCACUUGAUUGGAAAAAGCGCAUUGACAUAAUAGUGGGAAUUGCUCGAGGACUACUCUAUCUUCAUCGAGAUUCAAGAUUGAGAGUAAUUCAUAGGGAUUUGAAAGCAGGAAACAUUUUGUUGGACAAUGAGAUGAAUCCUAAAAUUGCAGACUUUGGGUUGGCAAGAUCAUUUGGUGGUGAUCAAUUUGAAGAAAAUACAAAUAAGGUUAUUGGGACUUAUGGCUAUAUGUCUCCUGAAUAUGCAAUAAAUGGACACUUUUCAAUGAAAUCCGAUGUUUUUAGCUUUGGUGUAAUAGUUUUAGAGAUUGUGAGUGGUAAGAAGAAUAGAGGAUUUUAUGAUCCUGAUCAUGACCUUAACCUUUUGGGACAUGCUUGGAAGUUAUGGAACGAAGGAAAUCCCAUAAAACUAUUUGAUGUUUUCAUGGAGGAUCCAGUUCCCACAUCAGAAGUGUUUAGAUGUAUCCAAGUAGCCCUUUUGUGUGUGCAACAACGUCCUGAAGAUAGACCGACAAUGUCAUCUGUUCUGUUAAUGUUGGAUAGUGAGAACCCAGUGUUGCCCAUGCCUAAACAACCCGGCUUUUACUCUGAAAGCCAGCUUUCAUCAACUGGGAAACAUCAUUGUACAACAAAUGAAGUAACCAUAACAAUGCUACAUGGUAGAUAGAAUUGUUGUUCUAAUCUUUAUAAAAAAAUAUUUUCAUAGCUUGUAUUGCUUUGUAAAUGUAAAAUCUCAUCUAUCAAACUCGUAAAUUUGUAAUUUGUUUGGGGAAAAGAAAAAGGAAAUAAAUUAAUUUUAUUACAUGAUUUUAAUUAUGCAAUGAAAAUGUUAUUGUUAUUUUAGUGAAAUCAUUUGGGAUAAUAUUAAUCAUAUAAACACUUGGCUUCAUACCUACCUCUUGCUCUGUUAGUGACUUCAAAAUUUUAUUUUAUUUAUUUAUUUAGUUUUUUUUUUUUGGGAGUCUUUCUUGUAUUUUACUAAUUGCUUCUUGUAAUUAUGAAAUUGACGCUCUUUACGUCAAGUCCCCUACUGCUAAUGUUUAGUUAAAGGAGAAACUAAGGUGUUAAAAAAAGGAUAAAUUAUAACUUUUUAUUCUUAUAGUUUGACCCAAUUAUCAUUUUGAUUCAUUUUAUUUCAAUUUCAACAAUUUAGUGCCUACAUUUUUAAGUUUUGAUUGGUC